UGUUACUAAAAACAAGUGCAGAAAAAGCUUUUUCUCUCUUCUAAAUUCACCCCACCCUUUCUCUCUCUUUUCUUCAAUCUUUUUAACUCAGUACAUUUAAUCCCUCCCUAGUCCCUACUCUUCUAGCUACCUAGCUAGCUCCUUUUUCAGCUCAAAAACCCUAAUUCUCCAAAUUCACCUCUCACAAAACCGGUAUGAGACUCAAACUGUAAAUGGAGGUGGAUCAGAUCCCGUGCAAAUUCCCCAAAAUUAGCAAUGCCGAACAAAAUGAACGAUGAGCAACGGGAGAAUCAGCGGAGCGGCGCGGCCGAUCCAAUUGGCGGACUAUACGGCUGGCCGUCGUCGCGGAUAGUUAGGGUUUCUCGAGCCACCGGCGGCAAGGACCGCCACAGCAAGGUCCUCACAUCGCGAGGCCUGAGGGACCGCCGCGUUCGAUUAUCAGUUAACACCGCCAUCGAAUUCUAUGAUUUGCAGGACCGAUUAGGCUACGAUCAGCCGAGCAAGGCGGUGGAGUGGCUGCUCGCGGCUGCGGCUGCCUCGAUUGCAGAGCUGCCGCCGAUCAAUUCCCCCUUUCCGCUCCCGGAUUCCGCGGGAAAAUCCUCUAUCGGUGGUAGCAGCAGCUCCGAGACCAGCAAGGGCUCGAUUGCCAGAUCUGAGAAGGUGGUUGAGGAAAAUGACAAGGAGAAAUCUUCUUAUGUUGCUUCCUUCACCGAGCUAUUGAGCGGAGGCAAGGAUGCAUCCGAUGAGAAUUCCAACUUCUUUCCGAUGGAUUACUUCACCAACGGUUUCUCAGCGGCGGCGGAGCUACAGCCACAUUUCUCAUUCCCCUCCGAUCAAAGGGGGACCCUUCAGUCCAAUUCUUCACAAUUUCCUGCGAAAUUGUACGGCCAGCGCCAUUUUUAUCCCGGAUUGGAGUCGCGAUUGCAGCUCUACUACGGCGAUGGGGAUCAGAGAAGCGAUGGUGGGCAGAAAAGCAAAGACAAACCCUGAUUUCGGUCACUCUCAAAACAGCUGAUCUAGAGACAGUCAGACAGGAGAGGUAAGAGAAGCAGCCUAAUUUCGUAACCAGAAAAGACUCCUACUCUGUACUAUAUUUGAGGCUCAAACUAUUUAUUUACAGUAAUUCUUGUUAUUUUAUCUAUAUAUUUUAAUGGAAUUAUAUGCAUAUAUAUAAUACAUCAAUAUUAUGCACACAAUAAUAUGUUUCGUAUCAA